CAGUGACAUUUCCAUCAUCGCCAAAAAUUGGAGAAGGAAACGCGUUUCCAUUUCGUUUGUCCCUGUAUUUUUCGCCAAAAAGCCGUACGCACAGGAAAACGAAAGGUUGAGAAAAAGGGAAAAGUUGCGUGUCAAUUUGUCUACUGGUGCAGCACCCGGUUUGUGAUUGUUUCGUGCAUUUUUAUUAUACUUUUUCACGUUUUGCUGUGCGCUUGUUUACGUCGGUGAGUUUUUUUUCUGUUCUUCACAAGAACAAUCUUCGCCGUGAAACAUUUUACUCGUGGUGGUUGCGUUCCUGUACCGUGCCGUUCGUUCCUUUUCCCUUUACUGUGUGUCACGCGGCGUGCUACAAUCGAUUGUUGUCUUUUGUUCGACUUUGAAUAGUGUGCGCGCGUGUUGUAUUGGUUUGGUUGGUUCCCGUUUCGUGAAAAGUAAAUCGCCACUGUUCCGUUAAAGUGCCUGCUGCGAUUUUGCGGUAUCGCUCGCUUUGGUGUGUGGUGUCUGAAACGCAUUCUUGUUCCAUUAUCCAUCCGGUGUUAUCGUCGUGUGGUGCGGACGGAACAACAACAGCAGUAGCGGUGCUCGUGUGGUCACAAAGUUGUAAUUGUUAGAAAAAACCACACACAAUCUUUCUCGAAGAUGUCGACUGAAAAGGAAAUGAAUCCCGCGGAGGUAGAGCAGGAGGAACAUGACAGCAAUUAUCAGCCACCGCCGCAGAAAACGAUUGAGGAAAUAAUGGCCGCCGAUGCGGAAGAUGAAAGCUUGCGGAAGUAUAAGGAAGCGUUGCUCGGCGAGGCGCAGGCCGAAAAGAUUGUCUUCGAUGAUUCUGAUCCACGGAAAGUAAUCGUGAAAAAGCUUGCGCUCCUCGUCACCGACCGUGACCCGAUGGAGCUGGAUCUGACCGGAGAUUUAACGAAGUUGAAAAAGAAUGUGUUCGUGAUUAAGGAAGGCAUUCAAUACAAAAUUCGCAUCGAUUUCGUCGUUCAACGAGAGAUUGUGCACGGGUUGAAGUAUGUGCAGAAAACCUACCGGAUGGGUGUCCCAGUCGAUAAAAUGGUCCAGAUGGUUGGUUCCUAUCCACCAAAGAAGGAAAUCCAGAGCUAUACGACCCCGUUCGAGGAAGCCCCGUCCGGUAUGAUGGCCCGUGGUACCUAUUCCGUCACCUCCCUGUUCACAGACGACGACAAGAACGAGCAUCUGAAGUGGGAUUGGAGUUUUGAAAUCAAAAAAGACUGGCAGUAAUAUGCAAAAACCAUUCAUCCCUCACCACACA